CCUUAUUACAUUUCAUGAGGUCUCCUACAUUGUGAUCUUACUCUGUAGUUGAUCCAGUGUCUGAACUUUGGAUCUGGGGACAGCUUGAAGAGCCGGCUGCAGCACCAUGGAGCACAUGUCCUCUCCGGUCAGGUACCGCAGCAGUAAGGGUAAAGAAAAAGCUGCCUCUUUCUCAGACAAGGAGUUUUCCAGCCUCUCCAUCGACGACCCGGAGGACACUCAGUUUCCUUUCGCCAUGAGGGAUCUGCCUCCCAUCCCUCAGCCCGGUGAGCAACACCAAACACAGAGACACCCGGGACCCAUCAGCUGUGAGGCCGAGGAAAUCAACGGAAGGCUCCCCAGCCUGCCUGGGACUCCCUCCACACCCUGUUCCCCGCCCUGCCACUCCGCUGGCUCACCCACCAUCCCUCCCAGAUCAAAUCGCAUGGGCAUGAAUACAGAGUUUCAUCCGCCGCCUCUGAGGAGGCAGGUGGUCACUCAGGUGUCUCUGGACUCUCCGCUCAGCCCGGCCUCACGUCCACGCAGCCCCUGGGGACGCUUUGAUCCCUACGACUCUCCAGAUGACCAGGACAAGGAAUACGUCGGCUUUGCCACAUUGCCCAACCAAGUUCACAGAAAGACCGUGAAGAAAGGUUUCACAUUCACGCUUAUGGUGGUGGGCGAGUCCGGCCUCGGCAAAUCCACUCUUAUCAACAGUUUGUUCCUCACAGACCUGAACAAAGACAGAAAGGUUCCCAACGCACAAGAGCGGAUCGACCAGACAAUCGACAUCGUCAAACACACUGUAAGCAUCGAGGAGAAAGGAAUCAAACUGAGGCUCUCCAUAAUAGACACGCCAGGAUUCGGGGACGCCAUCAACAACACAGAGAGCUGGAAGUCAGUCGAGGACUACAUCGACCAGCAGUUUGAGCAGUACUUCAGAGACGAGAGCGGGUUGAACCGGAGAAACAUUCAGGACAACAGAGUCCACUGCUGCCUCUACUUUAUCUCUCCGUUCGGCCACGGUCUUCGACCUCUGGAUGUGGAGUGUAUGAAAGCUCUGCAUGAAAAAGUCAACAUCAUUCCUAUACUGUCCAAAGGUGACAGCCUGACUCUGGAGGAGGUCUUCAAACGAAAGAUAAAGAUCAGACAGGAGAUCAAGCAGUUUGGCAUCAACAUCUACCAAUUCCCUGAGUGUGAUUCAGACGAGGAUGAAGACUUCAAGACUCAGGACCAGAUACUCAAGGACAGCGUCCCGUUUGCAGUGAUUGGGAGCAACGUUCAGGUGGAGAGUAAAGGCCGCAGGGUCAGGGGUCGUAUGUAUCCCUGGGGCGCGGUCGAAGUUGAGGACCCGGCUCACUCUGACUUCCUGAUGCUGAGGAACAUGUUGGUGAGGACGCACAUGCAGGACCUGAAAGACGUGACCCGGGAGACACACUACGAGAACUACAGAGCGCAGUGCAUCCAUAGCAUGACUCGCAUGGUGGUGCAGGAGAGGAAACGCAGUUUGCGUGAGAGGUUUCAAGAUGCAAGUGAAGCGGAUUUCCCUCUGCCGCUGGCCGUCGUUGACACCGAGAGGGAACGACUCAUUUUUGAAAAAGACGAAGAGCUGAGGAGGAUGCAGGAGGUGCUGCAGAGGAUUCAGGAGCAGAUGCAGCGCAGCCAGAGUGAGGAUUGUUGAUCCUCCUAUGAUUUCCCCUGGGGUUGGAGACAGGCAAGGAUGACCCAGGAACACGGAGAAGGUUCUGUUUCAUGGAGUCUGAACAACAAAAAGACGAGGGAUAACAAGGAGGGGAAGCAUCUUUCAGACUGUAGUGUAAAGCAAGCUGAUUGGUUCAUCCUGUCCUAAGCCAUUUCAAACAUGGGAAGAGUAAAACGCCUUGAAUUUAAAAUGUGAGUUUGUUCCCUAAUCUCAGGGAUUAAUUUAGGAGGGUUGAGGAAAGCCUCUUAUAGCCGAGAGGAGUUUAGAUGAAGUCUGUUUUAAGAGUUUGGUUUCACUAGAGCUUUCAUCUUACCAUUUCACUUUGAUCACCAUCUUAAAGAUUCUCCUUUUACAUCCUCCAGAAGGUUUCCCCUCUCCUGAAAACUAUGUUUAGGAAUCUUGUCCUCUCUUUAAAUCUCUAUAAACUAAAGCACUCUUUGUUUUCAUCAAAUGAUUUCAAUCAAUUAAUUAAUCUUUAUUUAUAAAGCGC